GUGUAUGCGAUUGGUUUGUAAGGCCUUAUUCUUCUCUGACGUUGUAAGCGCCGCCUCCAAACAUGGCGAACAUCAGAAAUCUCAAGGGAAUGGUGGGGUUGGUUACAGGAGGCGCCUCUGGUCUUGGCAGGGCUACGGUGGAAAGGCUGAUCAACCACGGAGCGAGCGCUGUAAUCCUUGACCUACCCAGCUCAGAAGGCCACAGUGUAGCUGUAGCACUUGGCGAGUGCUGUGCAUUUGCUCCAGCUGAUGUAACAUCAGAGACAGAUGUGCGCUCAGCUGUAGAUUUGGCUAAAGAGAAGUUCGGCCGUCUGGACCUGGCUGUGAACUGCGCUGGUAUUGCUGUCGCUGUUAAGACAUACAACUUCAAAAAGGACGUCCCUCACAGUCUGGAAGACUUCAGUAGAGUCAUCAACGUAAAUAUUGCAGGCAGCUUUAAUGUAAUAAGACUGGCAGCAGGGAUGAUGGGCAAGAAUAAGCCAGAUGCUGAUGGACACAGAGGCUGCAUAAUUAACACAGCCAGCGUUGCAGCUUUUGACGGGCAGGUGGGCCAGGCUGCAUAUUCUGCAUCUAAAGGUGGUAUUGUGGGAAUGACUCUUCCAAUUGCUCGAGAUCUUGCUCCUAUGGGCAUCCGCGUGGUCACUAUUGCUCCAGGUUUGUUCUCUACACCGCUGCUUGCUGGUCUUCCUGAGAAGGUGCAGAGUUUUCUCGCACGGCAGGUGCCUUUCCCAUCGCGCCUGGGUGAUCCUGCUGAGUUUGCUCAUCUCGUAACCGCCAUUGCUGAAAACCCCAUGAUCAACGGUGAAGUGAUUCGCUUAGAUGGUGCCAUCAGGAUGCAGCCUUAAAUAGGAGAGAACCACACAGCGGAGAAGACAACCCAGCAGGCUGUGCGUGUGUGUGUCUGUGAAAAUAAAAUGGGUUAAUGGAAUAGAGCCAGAUGAACAUUCCCAGUUUCAGUGCACUGCGGUUUUACUUCCCAGGACUCCCUGAGUUAAAUUUAUUCUGCUUGGGUGGUUUUUUCUUCAAACCUCUGGAAAUCUGUAGAUAUAUUUUAUAUCGAAGAGUGUUGCUCUGAUUUUCCAAAAAUCAACCUGAUUUUGCUCUUCAGGUCAGAACCAGCCUUUAUACUAUUCUGGGAAGUGCCUAAAGUGCAUUACUAAGAUUUUGAUCAGAUUACACACAGGCACUGCAAAUAAUCAAGUAAUAAAUAAUAAAAUAUCUUGCUGUAAA